CGGAAUCACAAGCAAAAUCAUCUUUCGGCAGCCUGUCUAUUGUGGUCAAUGGUACAAAUUAUAAUAUAUAUAUAAAAUAAAAAAAUAAAAAAUGGGAAGAGAUAUAGAAAUAUGUGAUGAUGAGUCAUGCUUUUUUCUUGCAUUUGCUAAUCAGCAGCUGCAUCCACUUCCCCAGCUGCAUCUACUUCCCCAUCAUUAUUCUGUGUCUGUAGAUUUUUUCGUCUUUUUUUCCAUUUUGACUUUGCGUUUUUCAUUGUUUUACUUCUCCAUUCAUCCCCAAUUCCUCUGAUUAAUAACCUCUAGUAAGUGAGGAGAUGGAGCAAGAAAUGGCAGAGCUUCUUCCUCUAAACCGAGGAUCUAAAAUGGAGGAUUCAGAGAGGCAAACUUUUUCACAUUUUUCUCUGAUUCCAAUUAAAAGUAGAGAGAAGGGUGGACUAAUUACCAUGCCUUUUAUCAUAGCAAAUGAGGCACUGGAGAAUGUGGCGAGCUAUGGGCUUUUACCAAAUAUGACAUUUUAUUUGAUGAGAGAAUACAGGAUGGACAUUACUACAACUCAAAAUCUUCUGUUUUUCUGGUCAGCUACUACUAAUUUUUUGCCUAUUGUUGGAGCUGUUGUUGCUGAUUCAUAUCUAGGUCGAUUCCUUACUAUUGGCCUUGGUUCCAUCUUCAGUUUCCUGGGAACAGUAGUGCUGUGGUUAACAGCAAUGAUUCCGAAAGCAAGGCCUCCGCCUUGCUAUCAAUCAGGACAGGCUUGUAAAUCUACAACGACAUCACAAUACAUGCUCUUGGUUUUCUCGUUUCUGCUCAUGUCAAUUGGUGCUGGAGGUAUAAGACCGUGUUCUUUAGCCUUUGGUGCUAACCAGUUUGACAAGGGAGGUAGUAAUCCCAAGAAGCAUACAGUGUUGGAGAGCUUCUUUGCCUGGUAUUAUACUUCAUCCAUAGUCUCUGUUCUGAUUGCCCUGACAGGUAUCGUUUACCUUCAAGACAGACUGGGGUGGAAAAUAGGUUUUGGAGUUCCUGCAAUCCUCAUGUUCUUAUCCGCGCUGUUUUUCUUCAUUGCUUCUCCGUUUUAUAUCAAGCCAAAGGUUCGCUCAAACGUGUUUGCCAGCUUUAUACAAGUACUUGUCGUUGCCUGCAAGAAUAGGAAACUCUGCUACCCCAAUCAGAACUCUGAUUACCAUCACAAGAAUGGUUCAGGACCUCAAGUGCCAACGGAUAAAUUGAGAUUCUUAAACAAAGCUUGCAUCAUUAAAAGCCCUGAAGAUGUUAAGCUAAAUGGAGGUGCAGCCAAUCCAUGGAACCUUUGCACAGUGGAGCAAGUUGAUGAGCUAAAAGCCCUCAUUAGAGUAAUGCCAUUGUGGUCAACGGGGAUCAUGAUAUCAAUAAACUUGAGCCAAAGUUCAUUCCCACUACUACAAGCUCAAUCCAUGAAUAGACAUCUAACUAAAGGAUUCCAACUUCCAGCAGGGUCAUUCGGGAUGUUUUUGAUGAUUGCAUUAACAAUUUGGGUAUUACUGUAUGACCGCGUGAUGCUUCCAUUGGCAUCAAAGAUCAAAGGAAGACCAGUUCGUCUAAAACCUAUAGUCAGAAUGGGACUUGGUAUAUUCGUGUCUUGCUUGUCCAUGGUAGUCUCUGGUAUUAUCGAACAUAUUCGACGAAGAAGAGCAAUCAGUGAAGGGCUGUUGAACAACUCGCAGGGGUUGGUGGAGAUGUCAGCAUUGUGGCUCAUUAUACCAAACAGUUUAAAUGGGAUCGCAGAGGCAUUCAGCGCGAUCGGCUCCACAGAGUUCUAUUAUUCGGAGCUCCCAAAGAGUAUGUCAAGUAUUGCAUCUGCUCUUUUAGGACUGGGAAUGGCAGUGGCAAGUCUUUUAGCAAGUGUGAUUUUGAAUGCUGUGGAUAAGUACACCAAAGGAGAAGGAACAGAAAGUUGGGUUUCAAGCAAUAUCAACAAGGGACACUAUGAGUAUUACUACUGGCUUCUUGCUCUAUUGACAGGUUUUAAUCUGCUUUAUUUUGUGGCUUGUUGCUGGCAAUAUGGACCUUCUGCUGAUGUUGACAUCACUAAGAGAAUGAUGGAGCUUAGUGAUGAUGAUGAUCAUCUUCCAGGCAAACUCAACUGAAAAAACUCAGGUAAACUCAGUGAAAUGCGCCAAAUUAUGCUAGUUUACCACAGUCAAAUUAUAAAUUGAGAUACUAAUAUAUACUUAUGAAGCUAUAAAGCUUAUGAAAAAGAUGUGUGGUCUUCA